GCCCGAGCGGACCAUGUCCUCUGUUUUGCGACACAAUGUCUCUUUCUUCGACAAUAUGUCGGCGAUUCUCGAGAGCGAAAAUCCUUCACCCGUGGCCGUGGAGGAUGCUGUGGGCCGACAGAAGACUUCCACAACUUCGUCCCCAAUGGUGAAAAAGGAAGAAGAUAAAGAAAAGUUUUCGGCAGCGACAGGACAUAUCGUGAUUGAGAAAGUUGUCAAGGACGCGGAUUUCUUCGAUGCCAUGUCGCUGUCAUUGAGCAAGGAUGAAGAAGAUGCUCAGCGACAUACGGUGGAUAUUAUCGCUGUACAAAGAGACGGAGGCAGCACGCCAAAUACGCCAUCGCCCGUGUCGCCACUCGGAGGUGGUCGUGCCGCUGCUUCAUCAUCUGUUUUUGACAAAGACUUCGUCGAGUCACCGCCCUUGAACUCUGUUAGUGUGGAGAAAACCUCUCCCUCUCCUGUCGGCCCGAUCCCGGCGCUUUUCUUCCCUGAGACAAAAAGGGUACUGUUCGCGGCGGAGCCAAGUCCAAGUGCGAGGAAUAAAGGACGACGUACUAAGGAACCUAAAUCAGGUGCUACUGGUAGUCCUGGAGGUUCGACCUCCGAUAGUGCUAGAGGGGUUUCACCUCUUGUGCCCCGAAGGCCGCCCCCGACGAAGCGAGAGCAACGGGACAAAAUUUUAGCGGACGAACAGGAGGCAGCAAGUCGAAGUCUUUCGCCGCAGCCACUUGCGGCGGCCGUUUCGGACGCGCAUAAUAUGUUGAAACACGCAGGAGCUGACAACGCGAAGCAAAAACACCCCGAUGAUCAGCCGAAAAUCAGAAGAGAGGACCCCGCAACAAUGGCGCCAUGUAUGCGCGGAGGACACCAUCAACUGCAGCACAGUGCGGCAACAAAACACAAGUUUUCCACUCGCCAGCCCCAGCACCGAGAACAGACGGGGCAGCCUCGGCCUUGCUUGCUUGAUUUCGCCUCGAACAUGUCGAUGGCAGCGAAGCACCAGGUCAAAGCCACUGCGGCAUACGAUCGAAGUCGAGGGAGGCUAAGACGAGCAAACAACGCGGCUGCAGGCAAUAACGAGGACCAUCAGCAUCAGAAAAGCAUGGGAACCAAAAAGGACAAAAACGCAGUAUACGACCGUCUUGCACACGCCGUUACCAGUUCGAGUCAUGCCAAAAAGACCGAUCCAUUGCCAAAUGAGAGCGACACCACCAGGAGCAAAGGCCUAGUAGGAUCUUCGCUCCAAGAUGAUGUGUUCGCACAGUGGCAGGCGGACAACCAUCGGACGGGAAAUAAAUCUCGUCACAAGGAGCAAACCGGCAAGAACACACUGUGGACCGCUGCUACCGGCGGACUCUGGUCCGCAGGGCUCCGGAGCAGGGCGACAGCAGGGCAAGCUGAAGACAAAUCGGCAAGCAAGCAGCUUUCGAAGACAGUUCCCAGCAGCGCGCUUUACGAUCGUCACAUCGCGGAGCGCAUGCGGAAAAAUCAGGAAGAACACCGGGAGUACUACAUUCCUCUUUCCCAGACCGGGUGGACGAUUGGUAGCAACGUUCGGGGACAGGAGCGGGAUCACGCGCACGUGAAGCCUUACGAAGGGAGAGCGGACUUCAAGAGCCGGUAUGCUUACGCAGCAGCUUCGACGCCAGCAGUGACGGCGCGGCCGAGAUCGCGAUCAUCUCCAAUGGAAGAAAAGCCCAGCAUGAUUCUUCUCGGCAAAUCGGGCGUGACGCCCACGCCGAAGAAAAAACACGUCCAGGUCAAUAAAUCUCCAAUUGUCACUGCCAGUCCACCGGGCGUGUCCCCAUCACGAGAAAAAAAACAGCCUCAAGUACGUCCGACCGCGAAAACGCCCUCAGGUACGUCGCCCAAGAAAGAAGAUGCUAAGGACGCUAGAACUAGUGAUAAUGUAGGAAUCACGAGCCCAGUUGCGUCCCCGCUUGGAGUCGCAUCGCCGUUCUUGAACGGGGGUGAUACUAAUAUGAAGAGUCCAGCCAAGAAAUCCGUUGCUGAGGACGAUUCUGACGCUGACGCACCCGAGCCACGACGAGAUGGUUCCAAACAAGGAAACCCGCUCGCAGAUAUGCCUGCCCCAGCCGUUCCAGAGCGCGUGUCGAUGCCGAUCAGGCCUCCGGUCAUGCAAGCACGAGAGCCCUUUGCAGUCAGCAAGAAACAACUUGAUGCGGGUAGAACGAGCUCGAGCUCGAUGACAGGAAAUCAAGGAGGGAGAAAGUUUUCUUCUUCAACUUCAGCCACAACUGCCGCGAAGAACGCCAAGGAUUUACAUCUGCUCUCCGAAGUCAGCGAGCGCGUGCACUUGCUCUACCAGGAAACACAGAAGGUUCUCGCCCGACGCACGCCGACGAGCAGAGACUGGCAAAAGUGUGUGGUAUUGGAGAAGCAUACCAAUGCGCAGAAGAGGAUGAUUGACAUGACCUCCAAGUUGCCCGUGAAGCUGGGCAGCAUCCGCAUUGGGAACGACGUGCAAGCGGUUUCCGCGCACAAAUCUGGCGGCUUCUUUCCGGCGACGAAGUGGUUUUCGCCGGAUGAAAUCUUGACCUUGUUGAAGCCCGACGACCCCGAGCAGCCGUUUGCGCCACCGCAAAGGGUCACUCCCAGUGCGCAAGCGGUACCCACGUUGGCACAGCAAACGAGAAUGAAAACAACUCCAGCAACCUCCAACAAUGCUGCAGCAGGGAAAGUCAUAAUUCCCACCUCCGUUGCGCGAGCUACCGCCCCUGCUGUAAUUGAAUCUGCUGCAGCGUCCUCGGUUUCGGCCGUCGGUCCUGUAAAAGUGGGCGGGGCUACGUCGACAACAUCGACAGCUGGAAUCUCUCCUCUACAAUCGGCGCAAGGUCUUAGUAGACCUGCCGCAAGGGCCACCACGACAACUACAUCUACAGGAGCUGCACGAGCAAGAUUUGACAUUGGAGCGGACGAAGACCACACGACAGGCGACGAAGAGAACCACCUAUCACGCUGGCUGGACUUCCACCAUGCCACCGAGCAAGCCGUCGCGGUGACCCGGGUUGCGAUGCACUGGCGACGCAAGGUUGCGCAGAGACGGCUCGAAGUACAGAGGAGAACCAAAGCGGUGAAAAAGGUGCAGUCCUUCUUUCGGAUGUGGAUCAUCUGGCGCUUCGUGGACAGGGUGAGAAAACAGAAAAAAGCGACGAAGAGACUGCAGAAGUUCUGGCGCUUCUGCCGGCUGCUAAAGGUCGCGACGAAGAUGGUGAAGCUGCUCCGCCUCCAGAAGUGGUGGCGCGGAACCCGUGCGCGGCUGCGUUUUCGCGAAAUUGUGGCCGCUGCGAGACUGCAGCGGAAGUGGCGGAAGAAGAAAUUGACCGAACUGUUAACCAUUCGGCAUGCGGCGCGCAAAAUCUACCGAUUUUGGGCGGACAAACGGCAGAAGCGCUUGGAGAAAUUCCUAUAUGUCAUCGUCAGGUUGCAAGCGAGGUUCCGAGCAAGACAAAAGCGGAAGCAAGUUGCGGAGCUCAAGAGUGCUGCAAAGAUUCAGAAGAGCUUCCGUGUGCUGCAGAAAAAGCGAACCAAGGCCAUAACGAAGCUGCAGUCGCUCGUCCGGAUGAUGUUGGUCAAACGCGCCCUCCGCAUGUUUGCAAAUGAGGUUGCGAGCACCAUCAAGAUCCAAGCAAAUUGGCGCGGAACGAAAACCAGACGGCAUUUUGCACAGCUCGGCUGUGCGGUGCGGCUGCAGUCUUUCUGGCGGCAGAAGAUGGCCGAGCGGUAUUUGUACUCAUUGAAGUUGAUCCGUGCGAAGACGGUGGUGGUGCGCCAGUUGAAGUAUUACUGGGUGCGUUGUCGUUUCUUGGAAACAAUGAGGCGGUAUCACGCGGGAAGGAAAAUUCAACGUCAGCUGCGGUAUUUUUUGGUGAGACGCAAGUGGAUCGCCGCAGCGGGGUAUCUGAGGCAGAUUUUUCACUAUGGCACAACUCAGGGCGAAAGAUCCGAAGCUGGUUUGGAAACAAAUGGAAAAAAUCCAAAUACGACGUCGCCUUCUAUCUUCACGGUUCCCUCCUCGUCGCCCAGCGUCGUCGCUAGAUCUCCUGAUGAUGGGUAGCACAACGAUGAAGGUGCAUCGAUCUAGUAGAAGAAGAUCGAUCCUGGAGUUUUUCUAUAUCGGGGACAACUCUCCGUAAAAGAGAGCGAGAGACAGACUAACUUGGUUCACUUCUUUGGCUCGGAAACUUGAGUACGUGUUUGUACGAAUCGCGUUCAU